AUGGCUUCAUUCAAACCCUUCCUCAAUGUGGCCGUCUCACUCCUUGUCAUCCUCUCCAUGACGUUGUUGUUAAUUUCAUGUGUCUCUUCAGUGAAUCUCAAAAUGUGUCCAAACAACCAUGGUGCAAAAUGUGAACUACAAACUCAACAACAAACCACCAUUUCACACACUCAACAAUCCUGUGGACAUGGAACCUAUGAUCCUCGUACGAGACGCUGUAAAUGUGCAUCUGGAUGGAAAGGAUCUCAAUGUAACAUUCCCAUUCACAAACCAUGUCCAAAAAAGUGUUCCGCCACACAUGCAAGUUGUGUCAAUGGUAAAUGUCAAUGCAAACCAGGUUAUCAUGGUCCUCAAUGUACAUGCCAUGCACCAACCACAUGCAACAAUAGAGGAAGUUGUACUUCUUCUGGAAAAUGUCAAUGUAAAAGUGGAUGGACUGGUUCGGAUUGUAAAACUCCAAAAGUUGUUCCAUCUCCAAAACCAUCAUUGACAAAUAGCACUUUUUGA